AUGGGGUUGGACCCCAAUCAAAAUCCUAGCCUCCCCAAUACAAAGCGUAGAAGACGAUGGGACGAGUCUGCACCGACAGAUACACCUCCAAGCUUGCCAUUUAUUGCACCCUCAAAUAAUGCACAGUCAUCUUUCUCGAUCGAUCCUAGUAAUGCAGCAAAAGAGGCUGCCGAUAGGAUCAAUCAAUUACUGUGCAAAAAAACAGCAUCCCAACUGGAAGUUGUAAAGGAUCAACUAGAAGAGCCAAAAGCUGCAAAGGAAACCCAUCCGAUCCAAAAAUCAAAGCCAAUCGCUAACGAAGAAGAUGACAUGUUGCCCUCGCAAUAUAUUCAUAUAAAGGAUCCGCUGUAUGAAAAUCCAGAAGCCUAUUUCAGGAUAAUGGAAGAUUCGGGCGCCAAGAUUGAAACCAAGGGAAAGUAUUAUUCAGAUAAGAGCGAUUGUAAUGAAUAUUCAGAGCCUCCACUGUACAUCAGAAUAAGUUCAGAAGUCUCGGAUGAGCCUGUUCUAGAGGCAUUGAAAAUCAUAAAAGUUCUCAUCCAAAAGUCUCUUGCCAAAGAUGCCAGCAAGCCACAGCUUUCCUCUUUUGGCUACGGUGCAAAUAUAAAAGCCAUCAAUGCCAAGACUAAGGCCCGUGUUCAAAUCAAAGGAAGAGGAUCUGGAUAUUCAGAAACGGACACAAGCAUAGAGGGUCCAUCCCAAGAGUCCAUCGAAACAGCCAGGAAGCUCUGUCAUGAUUUGAUAUCUGACGUCAAAAAAGAACUCGAAACCUACAAAAAAUCUUCUUACUCGUCGCACAAUAAUCAACAAACCUCCUCUGGAUAUUCCUCUACAUUGAUGCAAACUGUAUCUUCAUCCUAUGGGGUAAGCAACAAUGUGCUUCCUGACGCAUCGAAUGCACUAUAUGCCUAUUAUUACCAGUAUUACUUUAAUUCUCUUGGCGAGGCCGUUCCCUCUGAAUCGGUAAAAAAUGACCCCGCAGCUGCUUUUCUUGAGCUUCAGCAAAGGCAGCAAUAUGCUGCCUAUUAUGCUUCGGUUGCUCUUAAUUCUGCCUCUUCUACUUGUCAAGUAGUGCAGAAUAGCGCCGCUCCCAAAGACGAGGAGAUAGAUCCUUUUGCUAUUGGGUCUUCAAACGAUUAUAGGAGCGUGCCGCCGCCGCCUAACUUAUAUAAAUAG